UCCUGACUGAGUUUUGCUGAAAGGAAACUUAAGCACCAUCAAACCGAGACAACCCCAGCAGCAUUUCAUAUUUGCCGAUAUGUGUAAAGGACUUGCAUCGCUGCCUACCUCCUGCUUGGAAAGAGCCAAGGAGCUUAAAGCAAGGCUGGGAAUUAUUCUGCAAAAGCCUACUUGGAAAAUAGGGAAAAACAAACCCACCCUGGAAGAAUGUCUCAAGUGGAAAGAAUCUUUUGAAAAGCUCCUCUCCAGCAAAUAUGGACUGUGUGCCUUCACAGCCUUCCUGGUUUCUGAGUUUAGCGAGGAGAACAUUGCGUUCUACUUUGCUUGUGAAGAUUACAGAAAAACUAAGUGUCCUGCUAAGCUACUCACCAAAGCCCAAAAGAUCUACAGUGAAUUUAUCAGCAGUGAAGCUCCACGAGAGGUAAAUAUUGACCAUGAAACCCGAGACAUAACCAAAGCUAAUAUGCAAGAUCCCUCGCCAUCUUGUUUCGACCAGGCCCAGCACAGGAUCUACAUGCUGAUGGCUAAAGACUGCUAUCCUCGCUUCCUCCACUCUCCAGCCUAUAAGGAUCUACUGUGCCAAGCCAAACCAACCACAAAAAACACCAUGCCCCAAAUGGAGAAGGUGUGAAAUCACUUGUCUGUGAUCCUAAAAGGGACUUUAGGCACCCUUAAAAUCUAAACACUAUUAAAAGACACAGCAUUUGUUGCUGUGUCUAGAAGCUGGUGCUGUGACACAAGAGAAGAGGCAGAGAUUGCUAUGAGGAAAGUAGCAGCAAAUAGGCCAGUGGUUCAGAUUCUGUUCCUGCAAGAGCAGAACAGUGAAAGGGAUGAGCAGCUAAAUGAAAGGUUGAAAGCUUUCGUCACAAAGUUGACAAACGUGCCAAUACAGAUGGAGAUCAUUUAGCUCAGUUAUAAGAAAGUUAAACUUAAUUGAGUGAAUGACAAUCAAAGAGGAACCGUUGAUGAAGCACUUUGAUCUGCCAUUAGGCAAACAUUUUUUUUCUUGCUAGUGUUGUGCAAUUAUAUUUAAGAAUAUAUGUUGUUGUUUCUUUUUAAUGUAUUGUACUGUAUAAAAUAUGUAUUUAUUUUUAUUUAUUUGACUGUU